AUGUGCUCCUAUGGUUCGCUGUCUCUGGAUACGGUCUAAAUACAGUGACAGAGAAAACCCUAGAGAGAGAGAAGAGAGGGAAACUGGAGGUUUUGUUGUAGAGACCAAAAUGAGGCCAUGUGUAUGUAAGACAGAAACCCAGAAGAGCAGCUCAUCGCAUGGACACGAUUUAUUCAAUUCUUCUUGCCAAGUAUCAUCCACAUCCCUCCGCCGGCCACGUUUCAUCCUCCUCCCACUUUCUCGCUCUAACUCCAAUUCUUUUAUACUCGCCUUCCAUUCACAUCCCCCUUGCAAUCUUCUCAUCCAUGUUGAAAUCAAGCAAGCAAGUUAAAAGGUCCCCUUCAGCUUCCCAUGCCACUUCUAGAAAGGGCUGUAUGAGAGGCAAAGGAGGCCCUGAAAACGCUUCCUGCACUUAUAAAGGCGUGCGCCAGAGGACAUGGGGCAAAUGGGUUGCUGAAAUUCGAGAGCCCAAUCGCGGGGCUCGUCUUUGGCUUGGCACGUUCGACACUUCCCAUGAUGCUGCUAUGGCUUAUGACAAUGCCGCUAGGCGUCUUUAUGGCUCUGAGGCUAAACUCAAUCUCCCUCAUCUUUCCCCCAAUUUGCAGCUCCAUAAUCACCCUCUGCUUCUUCCUGGCUCUGUUUCCUCUUCCUCCGACAGUGCGGCUGCCACGGUGGAAGAUGUCGGGUCCAUCAGCUCAGCUCCCCAUGACAACAGCAGCAGGAUGAGAUUUGGAGAGGAGGAGGAGGAGGAGAUUGGGGGGCUUUGGAGAUCGAUGAGUAUUAGCUUGGAUGAUUCCAUUUGGGCUGAAGCAGCCAUGUCUUUGGAUUUUCCUGUCGUGGAAGAUCGGGAUCGUCAAGGCGUUUUUGCUGCUGAUUUUGUGGAUUCUAAUGGAUGGGAUACUCUCCAAUGGUGUUCUUGAUAUCCAUGGAAGAAUCUUAAAUUUGUAAUAACUGGGAUUGUAUUAUACACUUGCCUUUUUUUUUUUUUUUUU